AUGGAAGAGCUGGAAAGCAGUUUAUUUCAGACACGGAAAGCACACAGAAUAGAACAAAUGGUGGCACGAUGGCUUCGGCGUUCUCGGGACAGCUCAGCCCGAGCUAAAGUCGCUGCAGCUGAUGUGUCCCCUGGGAACCCAACCGAGACCCUCACCCCUGUGAGGCACACAGUGAAGAUAGAUAAAGAUGCCCUCCUCCAGGACUAUGGAUUUCACAUUUCGGAGAGCCUUCCUCUCACAGUGGUAGCCGUCACAGCAGGAGGUACUGCUCACGGCAAGCUCUUCCCUGGUGACCAGAUUCUCCAGAUGAACAACGAACUAGCUGAAGACCUUUCCUGUGAACGAGCAACUGAUAUUCUGAGGGAAGCUGAGGAUUCUGUUUCAAUCACAGUUGUUCGCUGCACAUCGGGCGUCCCCAAGUCAUCCUUCCUGACUGAGGAGAAGAGAGCCAGACUGAAGACCAAUCCUGUGAAGGUGCACUUUGCUGAGGAAGUGCUCGUCAGUGGCCACAGCCAGGGUAAUUCUCUGCUGUGUAUGCCUAAUGUACUCAAGCUGUACUUGGAGAAUGGACAGACCAAAGCUUUCAAGUUCGAGGCAAACACAACUGUGAAGGACAUCAUCCUCACGGUGAAGGAGAAGCUGUCAAUCCGAAGUAUCGAGUACUUUGCUCUGGCCCUGGAAGAACAGUACAGCAUCUCACGGCUGCACCUGCUGCACGAGGAGGAGCUCAUCCAACAGGUGGUAGAAAAAGAAGAGUCACAUAACUACCGCUGCCUCUUCAGGGUGUGUUUUGUUCCCAAGGACCCCCUGGACCUCCUGAAAGAAGACCCUGUGGCCUUUGAAUACCUCUAUCUGCAGAGCUGCAGUGAUGUGCUCCAGGAGCGCUUUGCCGUGGAAAUGAAAUGUAGUUCUGCCCUCAGACUUGCGGCCCUGCACAUCCAGGAACGGAUUUACGCGUGUGCCCAACCACAGAAGAUCUCUCUGAAGUACAUAGAGAAAGACUGGGGAAUAGAGAACUUUAUAUCUCCAACUUUACUUCGAAACAUGAAAGGCAAAGACAUCAAGAAAGCCAUUAGCUUCCACAUGAAGAGGAACCAGAAUUUGCUGGAACCCCGACAGAAGCAACUUAUUUCUGCUGCCCAGCUACGCUUAAAUUAUCUACAGAUCCUUGGAGAACUCAAGACAUACGGUGGGAAAGUCUUCAAUGCUACUUUAAUGUUACAGGAUAGAGAAUCCUACAUCGCCCUGCUAGUUGGAGCUAAGUAUGGGAUUAGCCAAAUUAUCAAUAGCAAGCUCAAUAUCAUGUCCACGUUGGCAGAGUUUGCAAACAUCAGCCGCGUAGAGCUUACAGAAGAGUCUGAGAAAGUGAGCAUGGUCAAAGUGUAUCUUCAGGAUGUCAAGGUUCUGACUUUGCUGCUGGAGUCCAACAGUGCAAAAGACCUCGCCUGCCAGAUUGCUGGAUACUACAGACUGUUUGUCGACCCAGUUACCUCCAUUUUCCUCUGGCCUGGAAAUAAACAGCAGGUGCACCGGCUAUCUGCUGAAGAAGGCUAUGAAUCCAGGGCCUGCAGCGAUUCAGAGGAGUCCUCAGAAGUUGACUGUGUGCUAGAACCUCUCUCGGACAGACACCUGGGGAAGCUGGUCCACUGCAGAACAGUUGUGAAAGAGGAGGGGCCUCCUGUGGACAGCACCACACCUGAAGUGGCCCGUCGAGGUCCGAGCACCUGUGGCACCAGCAGUGUGACAGACAGUGUGGAGUCUGAGGCAUCCGAUUCAGCUAACACUGAGAGCCGGGGCUGCAGAACUAGCGGCUCAAGUGAAUCCAUGGAUGCGCUCGAAGAGGACGAUUUGGAUGCCUGCUCCUCCAGCAGGUCCAGCUUCUUCCACCUUAGCUCAUCAGGCUUCCCAGAGAGUCUGGAUUCUGACAGCCAAGAGGAGAAACGCAGGAUUGAAACCAGCGGCUUCCUCUGUCUCCUGGAGCUGGCCCAGACAGCCAGUCCUCAGUGCCAGAAGACAGACUUUUCCAAGAGUCCCACUCCUGAGAUGUUUACCUGGAACUCGGAACUGAGCACCAUCAGGCUGGACCCCCGACUGUAUGAGGGCAGCAGGACCGACUACUACAACCUGUGCUCCAGCGUCUCCCCGGCCAGCCACUUGAGUGACAGCUCAGAGAGCACGGCUUCCCGACAGGGGGCGACUCCACCCACCUGGGGGCAGCAGGACUGGACAGAGGCCCAGUCUGGCUCUACUCUGGAAGCCCAGGCACCACACCUACAGCUGGCCUUUGAGAACGGUAGUUCUGAUGAAGAAUACUAUGACGCAGCUGAUAAGCUCACCCCCCCGGACACCCUCUCAGGACCCAGUGCUGUUUCUGCUGUAGAAUCCAAUGGCAUGAGCUUGCAGAGUAAGGCCAGCACUAGCAACGCUAAGGUCAGCUUGAAUCCUGGGCCAGAUGGACGAGAGCCCAGCAGGAGGGGAGGAAUGAAGAAGUAUGCCAGGACCCUGAGGAAAAGAAGAUCUUUCCUACAGACUGACUAUACUUCACAGGUCUCAUUUCCCAUGAUGCCCUCAUCGUCCCUGGAGAGCAUGGACGAUGUGUGCUACUAUGACAGGGAGCCCUACCUGGCUCUCAGUGCACCCUCCCCAACUCUGUCCUCCCUGCAGGACAUGCAAGGAGAGCCUGGCCUUCUGGAGACCAAGGCCCUAGGGCUCCUGGCCCCCCUGAGAGAGGCCCAAAGCAAAAACCCAGCCUCCAGGGUCAUGGAGAUGGAGCCCGAAACCAUGGAAACCAAGUCAGUCACUGACUCUCAGGUGUCUUCUAUUUCUGCCAUUCGCCUCCGGAUUGAUCCCAACCAUAAAGAAAAUUCUGGGGUUGCCCCUUUGACUGCUCCUGUUGCCAAAUCCCCAGCAAGCACCCCUCACAGUUCCAACCCAGGUUUGUGUGACCCUGAUACUGCCCAGGCAAGGUCUUCCCAAACCUUAUCUUCAGUUAAAGAUCCAGAUGACAGUGUCCCCAGAGAAGUGGUCAUAGAGCUUGAGAACAUCACUUCCCUCUCCAGUGCCGAUCCUACCCCAGACAAGGCCUACCUGGCCAUCAGCUCAGGACCACACACUGUCUCUCAGGGAGAUACACUGGAGCUCAGAGCAGUCCAGUUGGACACAGGAUUGGGAUCUUUGUUUACAAAUCAUAUGCAAGAAGCUACCCCUAGAUACACAGAACCUCUGUUGUCUCCUGGAGACCAGCUCAGAAAUAGCGAGUGUGAAAUAAAGUCAGGAGAAAAGAAGGAGCCGCAAGGACAGCUAUCUUUGGAAAGUCACAGAAAAGUAACAAACAAAAAUGGUAAGGAUUCAGAUGAGCCCAAAUGUGACGUGUCAGAUGCUCUUCCUCAGGCCCCCAUUAGUGAAGUGAUAGCCUCCCUCUCCUUGGAAGCGCCUGUAACAGGGACUGAACAAACCCCAGCACUCACCCCUAGCGAUCCUCAAGGACAAAGCAGAGAAUCUCUAGGCCAAGCCUAUCAGACCCAAGAGCAAAAAUUAUGGGCAGAGUUGGAUUUAGAAACUGAUUUCUUGCUUGGGGACCAAACUGUUCCAUCAGCCUUCCUUCCAGAGGGGGUUGAGACAGUGCUGGUUAACCAUAUGAUGGGAAAAAAACCAGCCCCUGUGGACACUCCUCCACAAGUCUGUUUUAACCCAGGGCCUUCGCUGCCAAAUCCGCUCCCAUGUCACCAUGGGGAACUCUGCUUAGAGGGUUCAAACCACUGCUCAUGGACAGACAGCACAGGCAAAAGCCCUAGCGUGUGCCUUCCUACUGAGAAAUCUUUCCCCUGUUUUGUCCCUGGAAGUCAUCCUGAUGUGUCUGCCAGUCCUAGCAUUGCCACAUCUGUGGGUUUUGCAGGCAUGAAUGAGACCGUGGUACCCAGGAUUGGGAUGGAACAGUGUAGCUGCCAGUUCUCCUAUGCUACAUGUUUCCGUGGCCCACAGCCUGAGAUGGAGGAAGAAGACAGGGACUCAGGAGCACACCCCACGGCUCCCCUCACCUCCCCACCCUCAGCAGGAAGCCAACUGGCCCUUCCCUGGAGGCCUGCCCGGGCCCAUAGCUGCAGCACCGAACCCCUGUGGAGGAAGAGCAACAUCUGGCCUGAUUACUGCGCCAGGACACUGACACAGCUCGAAGCUGCCCCCACUAACGCCCCUGAGGGCUUCACCCAACUCACAGAGAGCUUGCUCGAGCUGCAAGACAUUUUAAAAGCUUCCUGGGGAGACGGGAACAAACACCCCCCAGAGAAGUGCACCUGGCACUUUUCUGAAAGCCGGAACCGCCUCUGCAUGGGCUCCCAGAAGCUCCUGUCGAGCUGCCAGCACGUGAUCAGAAUGGACCAAUCCCCCGAAGAGAUUCAGGGUGCUGUGCGUCACACCUUCCAGCACCUGGUCCAGCUGGCCAGCCUGUGCUUCCAGUUCACAGACUGCAGCCGCUGCUCUGCCCGGCACAGGGAGGUGGCCGGGAACCUGAGGGACGUGGUGUAUACCUACUGCCAGUUUGUGGAGGCUGCUAAGCUGACCUGCGAGAGAGGUUACCAUGACCUCAGUGUGAAACUCUUGGCCCGUCAGUGCACAGCCCUCACGGCCUCUGUAUUCUGUUUAACCCAUAAAUUCCGGGCAUCCACUGCCCUGUGA